AUGUUUCUCAUUUCAUGGAAUUCAACAGAAGGGGAAAAUAAUACGAUUUCUUUGUUUUCUCUUUCCUUCCUUUCCAAUUUCUCAAGAUGGUGUUUGUUGAAGCUGAUCUGUUUGGGUUGGCGUAUUGGGAAUGUUUACCAACUGAAUUGUUUACCUGUGUCUAAAUUUAACUUUGGUGAUAUUUUGGAUAUAUUUUAUAAGGUUGUUACUGCCCGAUCUGUUUCGGCUGGCGUAUCGGGGAUGUUUACUCAUUCAAUCUUAAUAGAGAAGGAAUUUAUAACCUGCUAUUUAGACGCACAUCAAGUGCUCGACAAAAUGUCUGAUACAAACACCACUGCAAAAUAUGUGACUCCAAAUAGGGGUUCGUUGUUGGAGCAAUCAUCUUAUGUACAACCAGGUUGA